AUGGACGAGUGUGGUUUUACUCCUAUCUUCCUGUUUGGUACAGAAACACAUUUUGUUAAACAAAACGUUUACACAUGCAAAGUUCUUGGAAGUGAAUUGACUUCUCAAUUUUCAUUGCAGUGGAGAAUUGAUGACAAACCAGUAAAAAUUGACAAGUGGGAUGGAUCAGCUGUGAAAAAUUCUUUGGAUGAUUCUGCCAAAAAGGUUCUCUUGGAAAAGUACAAGUAUGUGGAGAAUUUCUGUUUGAUUGAUGGCCGCCUCCUCAUCUGCACAGUCUCCUGUCUCUUUGCCAUCGUGGCUUUAAUUUGGGACUAUCUGCAUCCCUUUCCCGAAUCUAAACCUGUUCUUGCAUUCUGUGUGGUAUCUUAUUUUGUGAUGAUGGGAAUCCUGACCGUCUAUACCUCAUACAAGGAGAAGAGCAUCUUCCUGGUAGCACAUAGAAAAGAUCCUGCAGGAAUGGACCCUGAUGACAUCUGGCAACUCUCCUCCAGUCUAAAAAGGUUUGAUGACAAAUACACCCUGAAACUGACUUUCAUCAGUGGGAAAACCAAACAGCAGAGGGAAGCAGAGUUCACCAAAUCCAUCGCGAAAUUCUUUGAUAACAAUGGAACAUUAGUCAUGGAAGCCUUUGAACCGGAAAUCUCCAAGCUUCAUGACAGUUUGGCCACGGAAAGAAAAACAAAAUAACAAUUCCAAUGGUCACCUUCCUGCUGGGAUCAUGCUAAAUUAAUGCCAAUAAAGUGAAUUAGCAAAGAA